AUGAUAGUUCUUACUUCAUCUAAAAGAGAGAUAGCAAAGUCUGUAAAAAAACUGCAGAAGUGGCAACCCUAUUAUAUGUCAACAUGGUCAAUAGAUGAAAUAGAAUAUGCUUUAUUUAAUUCAUUAUAUUCUUCUAUAUCCAUAGAUGAUGCAAAGGAAUUAUUUGAAUUAUGUGGAGGUAUUUCUUAUUAUAUUUUUGAAUGGAAAAAGAAAAUUACAAUUGAUAAGAUGGAGGAUGCAGUUAGAACCUUAGACUCAACUUUUCAACAAUACAAGGUUCAAUUUGCAUCAUUUAUCAUCAGAGAAAGAAUAUAUCAAAAAUUUUUAAAUGAACAAGAGUUUUCAUUACAUAAUUUUUUAAAAACAUAUGAAGAUGAAUCAGUUGCAGGUGGCAUUUGUGGUAAUCUGUUUGAUGAGUUUUCACAUAAAAUGUUAAAGGGUGAUGGAAAAUAUGAAAUAAGAGCCAGAAGAAGGAAAUCCGCAAAGAAAAAACUUAACUUAGCAGUAGAGCAUCUGCUUCUUUAA